CUGCCCCUCCCGACAGCCUCCGGGGCGCGCGCCGCUCCGCUUCCGGCGUGUGAGGCGGUGACUAUGGGAGCGGCGCGGGCGGCGCCGGGAGGCAGCUGACGGGCGUCUGCGGCUUCGCUUUAGGGCCGCUGUCCCGCCCCGCUUGGGCUCUGUGAGGAGUGGGGGAAGCCUCGGCGGCCUGGAGCCCGAGACGGCGAGCGGAGCUGGGACCUGUGCACGGCGCCGCUGAGGCGCAGCAUGUGAAGCGGCGACUGCGUCCAGUGCGGGGCGAGACUCUCAGCCGGCCCUGAUGGCUACCACGGCCGAGCUUUUCGAGGAGCCUUUUGUGGCAGAUGAGUAUAUUGAACGUCUUGUAUGGAGAACCCCAGGAGGAGGCUCUAGAGGAGGACCUGACGCUUUUGAUCCUAAAAGAUUAUUAGAAGAAUUUGUAAAUCAUAUUCAAGAACUUCAGAUAAUGGAUGAAAGGAUUCAAAAAAAAGUAGAGAAGCUAGAGCAACAAUGUCAGAAAGAAGCCAAAGAAUUUGCAAAGAAGGUACAAGAGCUUCAGAAAAGCAAUCAGGUUGCCUUUCAACAUUUCCAAGAACUAGAUGAGCACAUUAGCUAUGUAGCAACCAAAGUCUGUCACCUCGGAGACCAGUUGGAGGGGGUAAAUACACCCAGGCAGCGGGCAGUGGAGGCUCAGAAACUGAUGAAAUACUUUAAUGAGUUUCUAGAUGGAGAAUUGAAAUCUGAUGUUUUUACAAAUUCUGAAAAGAUAAAAGAGGCAGCUGACAUCAUUCAGAAGUUGCAUCUAAUCGCCCAGGAGUUACCUUUUGAUAGAUUUUCAGAAGUAAAGUCCAAAAUUGCAAGUAAAUACCAUGAUUUAGAAUGCCAACUGAUUCAAGAGUUCACCAGUGCUCAAAGAAGAGGUGAGAUCUCCAGAAUGAGAGAAGUAGCAGCAGUUUUACUUCAUUUUAAGGGUUAUUCUCAUUGUGUUGAUGUUUAUAUAAAGCAGUGCCAAGAGGGUGCUUACUUGAGAAAUGAUAUAUUUGAAGAUGCUGCACUGCUCUGUCAGCGAGUGAACAAACAAGUUGGAGAUAUCUUUAGUAAUCCAGAAACAGUACUGGCAAAACUUAUUCAAAAUGUAUUUGAAAUCAAACUACAGAGUUUUGUGAAAGACCAGUUAGAAGAAUGUAGGAAGUCCGAUGCAGAGCAGUAUCUCAAAAAUCUCUAUGAUCUAUAUACAAGAACCACCAAUCUUUCCAGCAAGUUGAUGGAGUUUAAUUUGGGUACUGAUAAACAGACUUUCUUGUCUAAGCUUAUCAAAUCCAUUUUCAUUUCCUAUUUGGAGAACUAUAUUGAGGUGGAGACUGGAUAUUUGAAAAGCAGAAGUGCCAUGAUCCUACAGCGCUAUUAUGAUUCAAAAAACCAUCAAAAGAGAUCUGUUGGCACUGGAGGUAUUCAAGAUUUGAAAGAGAAAAUUAGACAACGCACCAACUUACCACUAGGGCCAAGUAUCGACACUCAUGGGGAAACUUUUCUAUCCCAGGAAGUGGUGGUUAAUCUUUUACAAGAAACCAAACAAGCCUUUGAAAGAUGCCAUAGGCUCUCUGAUCCUUCUGAUUUACCAAGGAAUGCCUUUAGAAUUUUUACCAUUCUUGUGGAAUUUUUAUGUAUUGAGCAUAUUGAUUAUGCUUUGGAAACAGGACUUGCUGGAAUUUCUUCUUCAGACUCUAGGAAUGCAAAUCUCUAUUUUUUGGAUGUUGUGCAGCAGGCCAAUACUAUUUUCCAUCUUUUUGACAAGCAGUUUAAUGAUCACCUUAUGCCACUAAUAAGCUCUUCUCCUAAGUUAUCUGAAUGCCUUCAAAAGAAAAAAGAAAUAAUUGAACAAAUGGAGAUGAAAUUGGAUACUGGCAUUGAUAGGACAUUAAAUUGUAUGAUUGGACAGAUGAAGCAUAUCUUGGCUGCAGAACAAAAGAAAACAGAUUUUAAGCCAGAAGAUGAAAACAAUGUUUUAAUUCAAUAUACUAAUGCCUGUGUAAAAGUCUGUGCUUAUGUAAGAAAACAAGUGGAGAAGAUUAAAAACUCCAUGGAUGGAAAGAAUGUAGAUACAGUUUUAAUGGAACUUGGAGUACGUUUUCAUCGACUUAUUUAUGAGCAUCUUCAACAAUAUUCCUACAGUUGUAUGGGUGGCAUGUUAGCAAUUUGUGAUGUAGCUGAAUACAGGAAGUGUGCUAAAGACUUCAAGAUUCCAAUGGUAUUACAUCUCUUUGAUACUCUGCAUGCACUUUGCAAUCUUCUGGUAGUUGCCCCAGACAAUUUAAAACAAGUUUGCUCAGGAGAACAACUUGCUAAUCUGGACAAGAACAUACUUCACUCCUUCGUACAACUCCGUGCUGACUAUAGAUCUGCCCGCCUUGCUCGACACUUCAGCUGAGGUUGAAUUUACAAAGGAAAUGUGUUGUACUUCAGAAGGCCUCGGUUGAUAGAAAGCACAGGAGACUCUUAGGACACAGCCAACAUUUUAUGAAAAAAUGACCAGAAGAAAACAGCAGCCAUACUUACCCUUGACGUUUUAUUUGACAUUUGGACACCACUAACUAUAUUUUAGGGUUUUUUUCCUCCUCAGUUGAAUUUUAUUUCCAUUUUUGAACUUAUAAAUUUCAAAUACUGUAAAACUAUGCGUGACUGUUUUCAUUCUGGAAAAUGUUGAUGUCAGAAGGCAAAUAGAAUGUUACCAGUCUUCUGGUUCUUGCUCUUUAACAUACUCCAUUUGGAAAUUUAAUUGUUUUGCAUUAAUAAUAGGUGAAAUACAGUAAAACCAAGUUUACUAUUCCAUCAAUUUGUAAUGCCCUAUUUAGCACUGGCAAUUGCAUAUCAAGUUAUUUUAGGUUUUCCUAAAUAAUUUUUUUGCCUUUUUCAGAAGGCAAGCAUAACUUCUGUAGUUGGUUGAUUGAAUUUUUUCUGAGGUAUAACAGUAGUACUAUUCCAAGAAAAAUGUCAUAAACUAAACAAAAAUGGUGAAAUGUUUUAUGUAGAUAUUAGGAAUGGGUCAUAAUCUUUCUGGGUAAGACUUAAAGGUUACUAUUUCUCAUUUGGCAAGUAGAUUUUAAGCCAAUUCUAGAAAGUAAUUAAUAAAAGUACCUUAUUUUAUAUUUCACUUAAGGUAGGGUGGAGGACCAUAUUUAUUCAUUAUUUUGAUAUUAUAAGGGAAGUAAAAAAAAAAGUGAGGUAUAGUCUAAAAAAUGCAUUUGAGAAAUUUUGGCAGUGUUUAGAUACAAUGCAGUUCUUUUCUGUCUUAAUGCUAAACUUGAAUAAGAGAGAAUGGCUGAACAUGCAGGUAGUUUUAUAAGGAGUUGGGAAUUGGUAGAUAUCAUAUAUUCUAAGUUUGAAGAUAAGCUUUGCAAAGACUGGUUGCUUUUCAUAUCUGUAGGCUUGUCAUUGUCCUUUUUCAAGACAUUUCUGAAAUUAUUCCUAGUUGGAUAUAGUUGAUCAAAUUGGUUUAAUUUGGUGACAUAAUAAAUCACUUAUAAAAUUUUAAGCAUCAAGUAAAAAUUUAGAAAGGCCAUUCUACAAAUUUGUUCUGCAAGAAUGCAUUUUAAAUUAUAUGUAGUGUUUCAGCUUCCAUUGUAUGGUUUAUAGGUUUCUGGGAACAGAUAAACUUUAAUGUUCGUUCUUGGCAUUUCUCCUUUAAUGUAGGCUUUUUGGCCUGAUUUUGGAAAACUGCUUUUCUUCUGAGGACUUUAUUUAGAAUGGUAAUCAACUUUACUAAAUUUUCUAGGUCCAGAGCUAACUACUGUUCAAGUUACUAUUGACUAAAUUUAUUUCAUUUUAUGUUUAGCCCAGUAUUAUCAAGGUAAGCAAGGAAAAUGAAGUAUGCCAACUUCUGUCAAAGCAUUUUAGGACAUUGUGGCAGCUUUAGAAGGCUGUCUAGUUUUUUAUUCUUUAGCCAAAGGAGAGCCAGAAAAGAUUUUGGAUAUCAGAGAAAGUCAUAUGCUUGUACUAUUGCCAUUUUAGGAAGCUCUGAUGUGAAUUCAAAUUAUACCUCUGUUACUUAAAGCCAACAAUUUUAAGGCAGUAGUUUUACUGGCCAUUUGAGCUCUUUGUACAGUGUCAGUUUGUUAAAAAAAAAAAAAAAAAUCUCAAAUAAAAACAUGAGAUAACAUUUUAAGACUUCCUAAUCAGAGAAGUGCUUCAAAUUAUUUUGUUUGGAUUAAUUUUUAAAAUGUAAAGCAUAUACUUGUUGCUUAGGUGUUUUGUUUAUUAUUUCCAUGCUUGAGUUCUGUGCAAUAGUUUUCAUUAUAUCCACUUAGAGGACAGUGGAAAAGAAAACUCAUAAGUGAAUAUACGUAAUUUAGAAGUGUUAACGUUAAUUAAUGCUCAAUAAACAAAUUCCCUACAAAUGUUUUUUAUUUCACUCUUUUUAUGUUUUAAGACCAUCCAUUCUGAAUCUUAAAAAUGAUUUUUUUAUUUAAGAUUUUGAGAGGUUUUUUAUUUCUCACAGAAUAGGUUUUCUCACUUCUUUUUUUAGCAGAAAAAUACUUAACUGUAUAACCAAACAGUUUGGUCUAAACAGAUGGUCUUCCUCUAAGAAAAAAAAAAUCGUGUGAAGGAAUAUGCAUUCUUUGUAUUCUGAUUUUUAAAGUAUUUCAUGUUUAUAGACAUCACAAAAUUUUACCCAAAAUUUAUGGCUUAAAAGAGAUGAUCAGUAAAUAAAAUGUGCACAUGGUAAAAUUUUAGGUAGAAAUAAAUGGAACUUUGUAUAUUAUUAACUUUAACCAUCAUUUAAAUAAGGGGAAUCUUUGCAGUAUUCCACAGUUGUGAGCAAACAUGCAAUUUUAGGUAAUGUAUCAAAGUAGGAAAUAUGCUCUGAAACAGUACAAAUUGUUUUUCUAAAAUUUGAGUAUAUUAUGUGAAAUACAGAACACAGGUUGAAGAAGAUAGUUUAGCUUCUGUAGAUUAUGAUGUUGAGUAUGACUGUCAACCAGAACAGACAAAGAGUCCUUAUGAAGAAUUAUUAAAUAACAGCUUGCUGGAUCUUUAGACAGAGGACCAUCUAACUAUUCCAAGAUAAUUAUUGGUUUCGUCUUGAGGAUUGCCGUAGUUAUAAGUCCUUAGGAUAGUUUUAAAAACAGCUGCUAAAGUAGGUUAAGUUAUAUUAUAUUUUAGACCAUUCUAUCUCCCCUUUCACUUCUAAAUACAGGGUGGCCAAGAGCUUUAUGGCCCUGUAUUUCACUUUCUGAAUACGAACCUUCUAGCUUACAGUGAAAUAAUUUAGUCAUCAACCAGUAGAUUAAUUCCAAAUGGAGAAUUUGUUUUCUUAAGUUUUCUCACUUCAUAAGAUAAAUAUUUACAAGUAUCUGGGUAAAGACAUUUUGGUUCCUAAAAUGCCACAAAACCCCUUAAAGUGGUCACAUUUGUAAGGUAGUGACUAGGACACACCUGAACUGUGUGUGAGAGACAGCAGGGUUCACUCAGUGCAUAAUUUUUGGUGACUAAAAGCUCACAUCUGGGAGCUUAACAUUCUUUUGAUGUCAAAAUAUUCUGUACAUUUACCCACAUAUUGUUCCUGGAUUUCUUAGAAGUGUGAAAUGUUUUCUAGGGGCAUAUCGAAUUCUCCUGAUUUCUGAUGGGGAAUUUGACAUACAAAGCAUUCUGUGCUUUCACCCAAUUAGUUUAACUAUAUUCAGUUUCUAUAUUAUCUCUCUCUGCUUAAGAAGAUCUAUCCUGUGAUAUAUUAUGUACUUUGGAAGAAAAGACUAGUCCUUAUUUUUAGACUAAAUAAUUCUACGUGAAGUAAAAAUGACACUCUAAAAAAAUUUAAUGCAUAAUGAAGAUAAUAGCUACAUUUUUAAAAUUUGAGUCUCAUAUACUGUGCUAUAAAGUCUUUUGGAUAUAUUAUUUGAUUCCAGAGCAACCCUAGGAUUUGACAGGUGAAAAACCUAAGGCACAAAAAGGUAAGUAGACCAGUGGAGGUCUACAGCUGAUAAAAGGCUCAGAUUGAAAACUAAACUUUUCUCACUCUUAAUGUUUUAUAUACUAUUUUUGUUAUAUAACAUAAAUAGGUUCUUUAGUUUGAUAGGCUUAUUAGUUUUACUUAAUCUUUCUUUUCAUCCAGUGUUUGUGUCUGAUCAUAGCACUUAGAUUAUGAAGUUGUAUACAGGGUCAGUGUUCUAAUUUACUAUUGUAUUUUUUUUAUUAUUGUAUUCAAGGUAUCACCGUAUUUUUUUAAUUUGGUUUUUAAAAUUGUGUUGAGUGUAGUCAUGAAAUUUUAAUUGUAUAUUGAGUUUUUAUCUAAUAGAAAUCUAUCCAUCAAAAAAUUUCUUUAUUGGAUAUUAUUUUAUAUCAUUAUAAGACUUUUUCCACUUAAUAAUUUUCACAAUAGAAAAGGGUCCAUGUAUUGUACCAUAUUUUGUAACAUAGGAGUGACGACUCUGCUUUGUAACAUAUGAGGAAAUGAGACUGUUUUGAAUGUCAUAAGCUUGCCAGUUCUGUCAAGCAUUUAAUUUAUUGGUAGUUUUUUAAUGGUUAAUGUUAGAGUGAAUGUGAGACAAAAAGUAUUUAGUAUGUUGUCAAUAGAGAGUCAUUUUUAUAAUCAAAAACUGCCUUAACUCUUAACCUUUUAUUUCUACCACUGAUUAAUCAUUUCUCUUCCCAAAUUUAGGCAGGAAACAACCUCUCAGGUGUAUAUGGGAGAGAACUUUGAUACUUAGAAAAUAGGGAAUUCAACUGGAGAAAUGAAACAGCUAGGCUGAUAACCCUGGACUUAACAAAAUUCGUACUUUUUAACUAGUCCUUAUAUAUUUUAUCACUAUUACUUGAUAGAUGCCAGUAAAUUUUAGUUCUUGUGAUUAAAUAGCUGUUGGGGGAAAGACAAGUAAUUAAACAUACUGGCUCAUUUUCUGCACGGUUUAAAAGAUUGCAGUCUUUCUCACCAUAAAAAGCUAAUUUAAACAGGAAUAUAUCACAUCAUACUUCAAAUAGCAAACAACUUCAGAGGAAAGUCAUUUAUUCAGAAGGCAUAGAUUUGUGCUAGACAGCAGUGAUACAUUACAAAUAUAUAAUUAUUUGCACUAAUAUUUGAGCAGGUGGAAUGGAUUAGAACAUGGUCUACAUUAUGCUGCUGAUAACAUGUAUUUUUCUGUAUUAAUAUGUACUGUGCAACAUGUAUUAGAAUUGUCAAUAAUUCAUUUUAGCCAAGAUACUAA